CACUCAAGCACUGAACUCCUCUGAACUCAACUGCACUCGCAGUCAACACAAAGAAGUGUGAAGAUGCAGGCUGUUAUUUUCGUCAUGUGCCUCCUGGGCUACUCCCUGGCUGCCCCUGCCCCUGAUAGCAACAGCAAUGAGCAAAUUGCCGCCCAUGCAAACACAGCUGUGCAGCUGAUGGAAUUGUACAGACUUCUUGGACAGCACGGAAUUGCAGCUCCCGCUCCUGGUGCCCCAGCUGAGCCUCCCAUGCUGAACACUGCACCACAGGCACCCUUCCUGUUCCCCGCCGCCCCUGCAGCCCCUUACAACUCAGACGAGGAGGGCACCGUGCCCCACGUUGCCUACGGUGCCGCCCCUGCCGCUCCCCUGAACUCCGACGAGGCAGAGGGUGCUGAGGCUGAGGGAGCCGAGGCUGAGGGAGCGGAGGCCGAGCCCGCUGCUGAGGGAGCCGAGGCUGAGGCCGGAGCCGAGGAGGCCGGAGCAGAGGCUGAGCCCGCAGCUGAGCCCGCAGCCGAGCCUGCCCCCGAGGCCGCCCCCGAGGCUGCCGCAGAGCCCGCUGUUGUAGUGGAGGUGGCCGCCCCAGUGGAGGCUGCCCACGCCGGCCCCAUGGUGGAGGUGGAUGUGGCCGCCGGACCCGUGGCCGUGGAGCUCGAUGUGCCCGUCGCCGUGGACACCCCCGCCGCUAUGGAUGCUGCCGCUGCCGACGCGGUCGCCAUGGCUUCCGCCGCCGUGGUUGCAGCUGACCCAUCCCUUCAGGGCGUCCCCAUGGCCGUGGAGAUUGACACCAACCCCGCCCCCGUCGCAGCCCUGUAAAUGUGGACACCGCGCCGCGCACACACACACAGAAAGAGAAACGUCCAUCCCUGCUCCCACGAGUGGCCAGCUGACCGCCAGACGUGGGCUGGAAAUGAAAUGAGCUGUGAGCCUUUUGAUAAGUGCCAGUGUGUAUUUUGAGCCUCAUGCAACGUUUUGACACGGUAGAGUAAAGGGCGGUAGGAAUAUAAGGGUAAUGUGAAACUUGAGAUCGCAGUUGAUUCUGUGGUGCUGUCCUACUGUCUAAAUUUGGAGAAUUUUUGUUUGUCCUGUUAUCUAUGCUCUGUAAUUUUUGUAACCUUUUUCUACCCCCCUCUCAUUCCGCAA